UGGAACCUGGAACCCUCUUGCUAUGAGGCGACAGUGCUAACCACUGCACCACCGUGCCGCCCGUAAUAUGAAAAGAUGAAAUAACUUAUUAAUCUAAUAUUGAGUUUGUCUAUAGGUGAAGUGAAGCUUCGUGUUUUUACUGGAUAGUUUAGCCAUGGAGCUGCACAUAUGACUACAUUUACAUAUCAAUAAUCAAUAAAUCUAUACACAUGAAAACUUACAGAGGUAGCAUGUCUGAUUUACAUUAAUUUUUGUUUCAAGUAUUACAGAUCAGAUACCAGAGAGAUCUUGAUGCUGUCACAGUACAGUCUGAGCUGCUCUCUGUUCUCCAGAGUUUGAACACUUUAAUCUGAAACUGGGGAAGACUGAAAAACAAUGAGAGAGAGAGACAGAAACUCCAAGCGCAGAGAGACAGCUGGAGGAUUAAGAAGCUGAUUGGCUGAGGCAGGAUUAAAGCGAGCUGAUGAUCAGCAGAUUUAUUAUCAGUUCAGAUCAGAGAGGAACAACAUAAGAGACACAACAGACAGACAGACAGCAAAGGAAAGACAGAGAGAGACGGAGGACUGCAGGAAACAGGAACUCAGUGUGUUGUGUACAACAGCUGGUACUGAUGCUACUGAUACAGCAGCAGUAUUGUCUCAUUUUCCGUGUCUCCCGCCAUUUGUCUCACUCUCUCUCAGUAUGUCUCUGCUCACAGUGUCGGCGGUCCUGGCCGUUCUUUGUGUUUUGUGUCGUUUUUUGAUUCCCUGGUUGCUUCGGUCCAACUCGACUCUGGCUCUGUUGUGGUAUGAUGUCCUCCUGGAGACAAUGCUCAACCUUGUGACAGGAACAACACGACCUCAGCGCCUCCUGCAGGCUGUCAGCAUAAAUGCAAUUAGAGGAGAUCCGGACAGUGUCAUCAGAGCUAUUGAUCACUUUUGUAAACACACAGAGUGGGCUAUGAACGUGGGAGAUGAGAAAGUGCUGGAGUUGGGGACAUACUGUGGAUACUCUGUUGUUCGCAUCACCAGGUUGUUGCCCCCAGCAACAAAGGUGAUUACGGUGGAGAUGAAUCCCGAGUACGCUUAUGUGGCACGACAGGUCAUCCAACAUGCAGGACUGCAAAACAAGGUGUGUGUGCUUGAAGGUGAGUCCACUGAUCUAAUUCCCAAGAUGGCCAGCAUGUUUGGAAUCCAGUCAUUUGACUUUGUUUUCCUUGACCACUGGAAGGAUCGGUACCUGCCUGACAUCAGACUGCUGGAGGACUGUGGUCUGCUGACUCGGGGCUCAGUGGUUCUGGCUGAUAAUGUGGUCUGCCCUGGAGCUCCAGACUAUCUGAGCUACAUCAGAUCCAGCCUGAAGUACAGCAGCAGAUUCUACCAGGCACACCUGGAGUACACCAGAGUCCUGGAUGGACUGGAGAGAUCUGAGUACCAGGAUGACAGAAAAGUAGAGACAGACAGGCCCCUGGUCUCCACACAAACAACAACAGCAACAGCAAAUAAAUAACACAUGAAUUUGUUUACAUUGCAAGGGGAUAAACAUUCAGUUAAACCGCAUCAGCUACAGUUUUUUUCUUUUGGGGCUCAGUUGUUGACAUGAAUGACUUUGUCCUUUGAAAUAUCCUCGUCGAUGUUAUACUCCAGGCUAACACUGACUGUCCUUCAACACACUGAUUGACUGUUUGUCUAUAUGUAAAUCUGUCUGGACAAACCCUCCUUAUUGUAAUGUUUUUGAAGUUGUUUUCUCCGUUCUAUGUCCACGUUUAAAAUAUUUUCUAUAAAGGAUCUUGAAUGAAUGUGACUUAACACAGAAAUUCUCCUGAUAAUCACACUGACCAUCAGCUCCUUAUUUUGUUUAUGAGAAGUUAUAUUUUAGUGUUUUUAACCAUAAGAAUAGAUUAUGUAGAAAUGGUUACAUUAUAAUUUAUUAAAGACCACUAUGUAAAUGAAAAAAAUGUAUCUUGACAAAUCUUUUUUCCUCUCAUUCAACUCUAAAUUAAAACAUUAACCACUUGCUGAUUCCUGCACUUUUCAUUACAACAAACACACCUGUCGGCACUGAUUGGUUGGUCAGCUGAGAGCAACCAGCUGAGGAAACACCUGAACUGUCUCUGCGAGGAGCUGAGUCACAAGCAAGUAAAGAAAGAUUUACCUGUGCAAACACCUGCACAGGUAAAUCAGGCAUGUGGCAGACAGGCAGAGGUGAUGUGGGGUCAGGGAUUAUGACAAACUGGGAGAUAAACAUACAAAAAAUCUGUCAGGGGAAUUCAGUUUUAUUUACAUUUUAUACACAGCAGUGAUCCUGUAGAUCCAUUAGAACCUGAUCCUCAAGCAUAAC